AUGGCCGUGCCUAGCUUGCCGCCUGCGCAUGCCUGUGCAGAAUGUGAUCCUCAGAGAUGUUACGUUCAGGCUGAUCUUGGCUCCAAGCAGCUUCCAGUGCUCAAGCAGAAGGUUUUAUUGGGCUUGCUGCAAGUGGUGGAUGAGGUGCUCAGCGAGGCAAACAUUCCCUACUGGAUGACGGGUGGCACUCUUCUGGGGGCGCUUCGGCAUGAAGGUUUCAUUCCGCACGAUGAUGACGUUGAUCUGGAAUGUUUCGAGGAGGAUACACCUCGAAUCAAGGCAGCCUUCGCUGCAAGCUCCUUGCCAGGUCACUUUGUUGAGAGUGGCCACUGGGAAGGACAGCGGAUGGCGCGGCUGGUCUUCUGGGAGGUCCUCGUCCUGGACCUCUUCCUGCGCCGGAAGCCCUUGGAAGCUGAGCCGUGCUUUCCCUCGGACCAGGAGGUCUUCCCUUUGCAACGCUAUGCCUUCCAUGACUUGCUGCUGCCAGGCCCUAGAGAUGCCAAGGCCUUUCUGGAUCGUUGCUAUGGUCCUAGCUGGUCCAAGGAGGCCCGGCUCUGGAACCAUGCAGAUCACGCUGCAGGGCAGGAACUUUGGGCCAAGAUGCUACAGGCUGCUCCGCAAGUGCCGUUGCCCUU